UGCUCAGAGAAGCGCUCGCGCAGUGGGCGACUUCAUCCUAUACUGCAGUUCCUAAGAGCGACUCAAACGGAACGGUAACCACGGCACAAACGUGACGAUGGGGGAGCGCAGCCCUGCCAAAUUCUGGAUUAACGCCAUCGCGAUUGUCGGUCAAUAUUAGAGAAAACGAAUCGACGGAUAGCCUAGGUAUGAUGAAGAUUGUGAUACUCACGCGCACGAGCGCGUUGAUCGCUCUCAUCAGAUACUGAUGAUGGUCGCGCGACCUGCGUGAUUUCCUCCCGCUGGCGCUUCCUGGUUCCUUUACAUCACCUUAUCUGAGACCCAGCAAGCCUGACAGGUGAGUGAUAGAGUGCUUAAGAGUUUCCUUUGGACUGAAGUUAUUCAAAAUGAGUUUGCAGAAGAUGUGUUAUAGACGGUUUCAUCGGACGCACGCACCUGGCCCGAAGUUAACUUCCGGUUUGGUUAUAACAGUGAAUUAAAUUAAUAUUCAUUUAGAUUGAUAUAUUAUUGUAUACUGACUGUACUCAAUUAAAUUAAAACUUCUCAACAUUUUAAUGAUUUUUUUGCGGAGGACUACCGGAAGUUAAAGGGGUCAUAUGACAUGGCUAAAACGAAUAUUAAUGUUGUAAUUCAAUGUGUAUACACGAUUUAAGGUUCAAAAACGCUGUAUUUUCCACAUACUGUGCAUGUUUGUAUCUCCUCUUUGCCUCUCUGAAACGUGCAGAUUUUUUACAAAGCUUGUAGCUCUGAACAGCGAGGUGUGCUAUGAUUGGCCAGUUAACCAGUGUGUAGUGAUUGGUCGAAUACUGCAAGUGUGUGAUGGAAAUGUAACGCCUCUUACCAUAUUUGGAACAUCAGGUUCCAAAGCAAUUGUACUGACAGGUACGCCCACCUUACUUGCGUGUACAUUUGGGCGGACUUAGUCAAAUCGCACGAACUGACGUGGAUUCGUGGGGGUGUGGCUACACGAGGCGUUUCAGGCAGGUCUGGGUGAGCAUUCGCUUUUAGAUAGAAUUCAUCUUUUGUUCUGACACUUUUUAAAAAAUUUUGUCUGUCUGUCUGUCAUCAUAUUUUUGUAAUAUAUCAGCGUUUCUGAUGGUAUUGCUAAUAUCCGCUCUAGUUUAAAGGCAUUCUUGUCAUUUAUGUUGGUGUGAGUUGUAGCUUCAUAAUGAGCCUCUGUAGGGCCGUGCUUAAGCUGUGGUAUUAAAUGGACCUUAUGUGUUGUGUAGAAUGAUUGAAGAGGGAAGUAAAAGCAGUAAGGCCAUGGUGGAGAAGAGACAGCUCUUCAUGGAGAUGAGGGCACAAAACUUUGAUGUUAUUCGUCUCUCAACGUAUAGGACGGCAUGCAAGCUACGAUUUGUUCAGAAAAGAUGCAACCUUCACCUGGUGGACGUCUGGAACAUGAUCGAAGCCUUCCGUGAUAACGGCCUGAGCACAUUAGACCACAACGCGGAGAUUAAUGUGUCACGCCUGGAGACCAUUUUGUCCUCCAUCUUUUACCAGCUCAACAAGCGGCUGCCCACCACUCACCAGAUAAACGUGGAACAAUCCAUUGGUCUGCUGCUAAACUUCAUCGUGGCUACUUAUGACAGUGAAGGCCAUGGGAAACUUACAGUGUUUGCCAUGAAGGCAAUGCUAGCUACCAUGUGUGGGGGUAAAAUACUUGACAAAAUACGUUAUAUAUUUUCCCAGAUAUCAGACUCGAAUGGCGUGAUGGUCUUUGCCAAGUUCGACCAGUUCCUGAGGGAAGUGCUGAAGCUCCCCACGGCAGUAUUCGAGGGACCUUCGUUCGGAUACACCGAGCACUCUGUGAGAACAUGCUUCCCUCAGCAGAAGAAGAUCUUGCUGAAUACGUUUUUGGACGUGUUGAUGGCAGAUCCACCCCCACAGUGCCUCGUCUGGCUACCUCUCAUGCACCGACUCGCUAAUGUAGAGAACGUCUUCCAUCCAGUGGAAUGUUCGUAUUGCCGGAGUGAGAGCAUGAUGGGUUUCCGGUACCGCUGCCAGCAGUGCCAUGGCUACCAGCUUUGUCAGAGCUGCUUCUGGCGUGGUCAUGCCAGCGGUCCCCAUAGCAACCAGCACCAGAUGAAGGAACACUCCUCAUGGAAGUCUCCAGCAAAGAAGCUCAGUCAUGCCAUCAGUAAAUCUCUGGGCUGUAUGCCGAUUGGAGAGCCCCCUCACCCGGUUUUCCCAGAGGCAGCUGAAAGACCUCAGGACCUGGUGCACACCACUAACACUCUGGAGAGUCCCAGCAGACUGGAUGAAGAACACCGUCUCAUCGCUCGAUACGCCGCUCGCCUGGCGGCCGAGGCCAGCAACUCCACUCAAUGCCCUCCAACAGAUCUGAGUUUUAACUUUGAUGCUAACAAGCAACAGAGACAGCUCAUCGCUGAGUUGGAGAACAAAAAUAGGGAGAUACUUCAGGAAAUCCAGCGUUUGCGUCUAGAACAUGAGCAGGCGUCACAACCCACCCCGGAGAAAGCCCAGCAAAACCCCACUCUACUGGCAGAGCUGCGACUGCUGCGGCACAGAAAGGACGAGCUGGAGAGGCGCAUGUCGGCCCUGCAGGAGAGCAGACGAGAACUCAUGGUUCAGCUUGAAGGUCUCAUGAGACUGCUGAAGGAUGAAGAGCAGAAACAGGCAGUUCAGACGGGGGGCUCACCCCACUCAUCUCCCAGCCACAGUGCCAGCUGCACCAUGCCUAUGCCCAUCCGCUCCACCUCGGCCGGCUCAACCCCCACACACACACCGCAGGACUGCCUGGCAGGGGUCGGAGAUGACGUGCUGGAUGCCUUCUCUCAGGGUGUACCAAGAAAUCUCCGUAAUGAUCUUCUGGUGGCUGCAGACUCCAUCACCAACACCAUGUCGUCACUCGUGAAAGAACUUCACUCAGUGGAUGACGGACUGGAGGAAGAAGAGGAGAACAUGCGUAAUGGAAGAGAGAAAGAAGAAAGAAAAUCAUACAGAUUUGACAUGAGGCUGAGUCAGAGUAAAAGAAUAUAGAAUAAUUCAUUGUCAUCACUGAAGCAUUCUGGGAAAAGGCACUCCACCCCUUCAUUCUAAGCGCCUGGAUGUGACUGGAAAAAACCAGCGUUCACGGCAUUAGCACACAGACCAAUGCAUGCUCUUCCCCGACUGGAUUUCACUAUGUGAAACUCUUCAUCACACCUUGCACAGAGCAAGUUGUAUUUAUUAGAAACUAUAUAAAUAUAUAUAUAUAAAUAUAUACAUAGCUCUAUAUGUUUCUUUGUAUAAAGUCAUUGUAAUCAUGUUAUCCAUAACAUCAAGAGAAUGGCUUGUUUGUGCUUUCUUAAAAAAAAAGAAAAUGAAUUCGUGAUCUCAGAAACAAUGGCACUGUGCAUCUUCACGACGUCACCGGGACCAUCAGAUUCCCGCACGGGACAGCUUUUUUAUUUCGUCUGACUAGUGAUGAUUCUUUGUGUUUGAGUUGUAUUGCAUGGAUCGGUGGAUACGGCUUGGAAUUGCUCUGCAUGUGGCGUUUAUUCCGACCGACGUGUGUGGUGCCUGCUAUGUCACUUCUUGUAAACAUCGUCACGUUGGAAACCGCUGCUUCUGCACUACACGCAUCGAAACCAUCGUAUAUCAGGGAUGUCUCGUGGAGCUCACCGUUCGUCUGCGAUUUCCGUGUUCAGUUUUGCCCGCUGUCGUGGAUGCUGUUUUGAAAGCUUCGGUAUCGCUUCUUAGUUUAGAUUAUGGCUUAAGUAUCUUCAAUCUCCACUAUUUUUGGAGUUUAUAAUGGAACUUGGAUUUACGUUCCGUAUAUCCAUAAACCAGCUUAGCCAGACAUUUUUGAGUGCACACGUCUCUCUGUAAAAGUGACUUCAAAAGCUUUAUUGAGUUAACAGUCGUGUAUGCUCGUGUGAUAUAAAUGAAACCAGUGCUCAGGGACUGUCGACAGAGAGCGAGGGGGGUGCAAUAGCCACAUUUGUGGGUGGAAUAUUCUGAGGUCGCAUGUUGAAGAUUAGCACAGAUAAUAAACAAACUUCAUGGAUGUAAUGGAAUGGCUGACAGGGGUAAACAGAACUGAUGUUGUGCAUCGGAAAUGCAGUGUUAGGACAACUAUGAUAUGUAUAGAUCUUAUAGCUUUAUUGUCACAAUGAAGGUUAUAAGAUAAACAUACUGUACUUGAAUCAGAAGGAUUUCGGGUUUAAUUAUUAUGUUUAUCUGGUUAUUAUAAGUAUGUUAUUGUGUUAUAAUUGUGCUUUGUUCUUUGUCAGUUUGGUUCGAUAUAACAAUAAUGAACAUUAUAAAAUGACAAUAUUUUGACUGCUAACAUUUGAAUAAGAUCAAUCCAUUGAGCGACACGUUUCUAUGAAUUUUGGUGUUGAAUAUUAUAAGAAUUCUUCAAAAAGGUACCAUAAAUGGACAAUAUGGUUCAUUUUCUGUUCGUUCAUUUUCAUAAAUAGCUUGUAAGAAAGUAUCUUGAAUGGUUUAAAUAUAAACUGUGAGGUCUCAUUUGAUAUUUUACACUGGAUUUCAAAGUGUCGCUUCUGUAAUAGUGGUUGCAAUGAAAUUUGCUUUUUCAAAUCUAUUUUUACGUCAUAGUGCUUGUUCUAUGUUUCAAGGAAUAUUAAAUGUUAUUGAGAGAAUGUGGGAUGAGCUCUGAUAAAUAAUUGUCUUUGAAUGACAUUGUACACACCGGUUGAAUGCCUCUCAGACGGAACGUUUGAUUGUUCGAUUCUGUUCCAACAUUUGCUACAAAUAUGAAUGCAAUCUUCUGAUGUAGGUGUGUGCCUAGAUGUACUGUAUAAAGUGCUGUAAAAAUAAAAUAUCCUGCACAUGUGCAAGUCAGCCCUUAGAUAGGAGUUUUAGUAUGUGACUUAGUCGGAAUGCAGUCAUUAUUUACAUGUGAUCUUUAAAAAAGUUAUUGUUCUGCCUUUAAAAGUUGUGCCAAACGGUUUGCCAACAUGUAGUGUGUCCUUUAGGUCUCUGUUCUGUGUAUUUGUGUGUGUUAAACAAUGUUUCAUUAAUUAUGAAUUUACUGAAGCAGUCCACAGAGAGGCUCACUAAUAACGGGGUGCCUUAAAUGGUUGAAACACAAUACAGCUUAAGGAGAGGGAAACCUGCUUGAAAUCAAUUUCAAGCAUCAUUGCAAAUUUAUAUGUUACAGAUGGGCCUCCAGAAGUGGACCUCCGGUGUUAGUCAAAGGAAUUUUAAAGGGAUAGCUCACCCCAAAAUAAAAAUUGAACUCACUCCAACCCUGGCUUGAUAGUAGAGGGUUGUCCCACCUCAUCUUGAAUUACAGAAAGGCUUAAACAAGAGAAUUUUCGUUUUUGGGUGAACCCCCUUUAAAAAAAUAAAAAUCAUUGUUUUAAUGACACCUGUGUAACCAAAACUAUCAGAUUAAGCUACACUGUUUAAUUUACAUUUAUUUCAAUGUUUUACUGCUGUAUACAAUCAUUAAUUGUAAUGUCUAUAUUUGAGUUUUUGUCACUGCUGUCUUUUUGUAAACUAUUAAAGGUUAAAACAUGAGACAAAUUUAAAGGACUGUG